AUGCCACAGGACGCUAUGAACAUGUGGAUAGAAGAGUUACAGGAAGACCACUUUAGAGUCUGCCUGCGGGAAGUAAAAACAUUUGACGGCAAGUACCAAAAUAUUCAAGUGGUAAGUUGAUCUGUUACGUGAGUUUUAAUUGUUUGUGAGCAAUAAUUUUCAUACGGGCUCUGUUGUUAGAUAGACUUUUUAAAUUUUUUCAUUUAAAAAUGAGGAUUAUCAAAACACAGUCUGAGUUUUCUGUCAUUUUCGGUUGAGUCUUAUGAACUAAUAAGAGUCUUCUGAGGUAAAAGUAAAAUGAAAUAUCGGACUGGUCCGUUAAGGUUAUCAAAUCGCCGAAAAAGCGUCAAUGAUCUUCUGAUUGCUUUUGUUAAACUUUCACCAUCCGGCAGAGUUAUUAGCUUCGUCAGUUUUACUAUUACAGCAUCCUCUCUAAGCAGCAAACACUAAAUUAGCAACUGAUUGCAACAAGUUGUUUUGUUUUCUAGGACUGGUUGGCCUUUACCCAAGGAACUGGUGAGAUGACAUUCCAUGGAAAACUACAGUUUGAGAAUGGUGGCGCUCCACUGGAACGAGACAACUUUGCUUUCUGCAAGGUGAUAAACUAAUUUUGGUAGUGGGACGUUGAAAAGGUAGAUAUUUGGAAUUUUACCAGCAACUUAUUUGUCUUGCAGUUGGAAGAGCUAAGACAUGAUGAACUUUGCGACAAAUCAAAGAAUUCAAUGCGCUUUGAAUUUUCGAAAGUAAUACAAUUAUCAUGUCCUGUGUUGCCUUUAACAUUUGUAGCAAAUGUAAAACGUGGUGAGAAUAAGGAAGAAUGGCACUUUUGCCUUUCAUUUUUCGUCUCUCUUCCCUUUAAUCAAUAAUGCAGGCUAAAUUUGCUUCCUGUCACUUCUUUACAGGUCCUUAACUAUACCGAGACAUUUUAUGCACCUUCCGUUGUUAUGGUAUCAGUCAGUCAUCUUUAUGACAGCAAUAACGUUUAUUCUGUUAAGUCGGAGAACAAUGUUCUGAACGCCUGGAUAGAGGUAAAAUAGCGACAAUCUUGACUGUCAUACGCACGCUUAAUUGCAACUUGAAAAUUAAUUUAUUUUUACGUUAAAGUAGGCUGCUGACUAAUAGAUUCCCACCAUGUUUAUCUUUUAUCUAAUACGGUGAGUGUUUACGAUUUGUGACCACAGGAAAUAACGACGUACCUUCUGAAAAAUUAAAAUGAAUUUUUAAAUUCAAUCUUGAUGAAAGCUUGGUUAAUAGAGGCUUUAUAGUUUCUAGUUGCUAAGCUCUGCUGUCUUCUUUGUGGCUUAAAUUCAAUUCAGUCUUGGCUGGACAUUUUUUUAACCAAACAGUCUUACAACUUUUUGCUGUUGUUGUUGUUGUUGUUGUUAUUGUUUGUUUUCAGGAUUCCUCUCCCAAAAAGGCCGUCAUCGCCUCAGUCACAACCCAGUCUGGGCUGAAGCAGUUUGCGAACAAGUUCCACUGGAACCUUACGUCUUUUAUCCUGAUAAACCGGUUCACAUACAGGUUUCUGUCAAUCACGUGAACUUCUCAGACCCAGCCUAUGUUCACGAGGCAGUGGUUGCUUGGGUUGAAGACAUCAUGGGGAACAAUUUCACAGUGUGUGUCACACAGGCUGGUAGAAACGAGAGGAGAAAUGGAGAAACGUUUGCCACAGUGGACUGGCUGGCGUACCAGGGAGCCCCUGACGGGGGAGUGUCGGGUGAGAUGGACAUGCCAACCUGGUGGACUGGGACGAGCUGUCGUACAGUGUCUCUACCCUCGGUGAGUUCAAUUUGUAGUAUUCUCAAGUUCAUAUAUAAGAGUGUCUUUUAAGGGGGCUCCGUCAUUGAUACUGGAUCAUUUAGCUCAGUGUGAGAAAUUUGCCGUCAUAACUUUUUCGUUUUUAACGCGAUGGCUGCGAAACUUUGCAAAGAACAACAGAUGUCAUUCGGCAGUAGUAAGAAAUAUUCCGAUUUCAUUGAUGGUAUAUACUUCUUGAGAAAUUAGCGCUUAAAAGGACCCUACUGUUCAAAGAAAAUCGCGUCUAGUAAACAAUUUGGCGAUAUUUUUUACUGAAAUUUCUGGUAUUGGCUUUUAUUGAUAUAACAAAUUUUCCGGAGAAAUUUCCGAAAAAUCUUUGGAGCAGAAGUCCGUAACUUAAAGUCACUCAAAAUUCAGCUGUGAAAUUGUUUUGGAAUUUCAAAAACAAAUUACUAUCAGGAAGAAGGAGCCACCAGUUCGAAUUUUCGGGACAAGUAAAUUCAAUGUUUGCUAAUAUUCUGAAAACAAAAGUCGAUUGCCUAUCGUGCUAUUCUUUAAAAGGUACUCUUUAGUUUUAGAAGCACUAUAAAUUGCUCCAAACCGUGCUCUGACGUCGAAUGACUUGUUCCUCGACAUUUUAAAAUACUCUUUGGCAUUGGUUCAAACUCCUGCUACGUACAUUUUGAUGUAUUGCAAUGCAUCCUCAACGGCUCUUCCUGCUGUACGUUGCUUCCCAUUCAGGGAAAAGGUAUUGGGAAUGUUGUUCUAAAUAAAAAUGUUUUUAGGGUUUGAAAAUCUUUUUUGCUCGCAGAUGUGCCUUGAUAGUUUUAUAUUGAAAGUUACUGUACGACUUUACCUCUUUUGCUUUGGCCUUAAAAUUACAAUUUGUUUGAUGUGGAGCAUGCGUGAUGCGAUCACCAGCAGAAAAAUUUUAGGGCUUUUUUUGAAACUUACUUAGUAUCAACUUCCGUCUUACACAUUUCUGAUAGAUUUUUUAUUAACUAUUUUAUAUGCCCCCAACAUGAAGACGGUUACCUGACAAUUAAUUUUUUCGUUGGCAGGACUGGAUAGCUUUUGAAGAACUUCAUGGACCUCUUUUCAGAGAGCAUGGUGCUAUUUACUUUUCUAAUGUGAACAAGCCAUCUAAGGAUAUGAACUAUGCUUUUUGUGAGGUAUGUUCUCUCUUAUCUCCACUGGAAUGACCUUUUCUCCAACCGAACUCCCCUCAAUUCAGGGACUCGCUUACUAAAUUGCACCUACCAUCAUUCGAAUGCGUUCUGCUUGCGGUUUCCAGUCAUCCUCUCUGUUAUCUUGGAGAUACACAGGGAGGUGAUUCCCAUGUUCAACGCCAAGACCGGCUUUGUAUUGAAAUAACAAAAUUGUUAUUCUCCUACAGCUGGGAUGUCUUAAAUUUCCUGUCUGCUAUGAAAUGUUACUUUUAAUGUUAUUUUUAACACUAGCCUUGAUUAAUGCUUCAAUUUUCGCUUUCUCACUUGUUUUUCUUUUCUUUUGUAAGGAUGUUGUCUUCAAAAAGCAUUACAAUGAUUCUCCUGAAGUGCUGGUGUGUGCAAACCAUACAACUAGCGGAGGAAACCUCAAUCCAUUGUACAACUCCAUAUCAGCUUGGGCUGAGGUUAGAAGUUAUCUUUAAAUGAAAGAGCGAUUUUUCAAUCAAUAAGCGUUAUAAAUUUUCAUUUUAUUUUUUUCUAAACAAGGUCUUUACAUAAGUGCGUCGGGGUGUAGGAAGUGAGUCGUGUGAGUUUAUGAAUAAGUUGCCUCCCUUGCUUCCCCUCUGCUAUGGGGUUGUAGUAUGAUAGCAACAGGUGUCAAUAAAACGCGGAAGCGUAGACGGGGUCCAUUGUUUUUCGUACCUGUUUUCUUUCGUUUUCUCCUAAACAAAACAGAAAACGAAACAAAAACUAAAACAAACCAGCAAACGGAAAGACAGUGGAACCCGCCCCCAAUGGCGAAUUGGCGUUUUACUGACUAUUUAUACUAUAGGGCUUAGCGGAUGUCAAUACGAGCGUUUUUGACUCUGGCCGACAGUGAAGCGACAGCUUUUAGCAGCCAGUUGUCUCUGAUUACUACGUCUUUUCUCUGUCAGUACAUAAACAAGACCGGUUUUAGAGCCUGCGUGAAAGAGCUGUUUGUACAAUAACAUGAUCCUCUGUCAGUAUCAUAUGCAGUCUUACCAGGUAAGAAAGCUUUGAAAUACGGCCAUGAUGUCACUAGGUACUAGCUGCUACUAAAAACUGAUUAUAUAUUGAAACUAUCUUCAAUGCAGUCCAUCCUGAAUGGGUUAUAGCAUGACAAGUAGAUCUUCAAUGUAGUCGAGCAGAAGGGUGAUCGUUUCUUUUCUUAAUAUUUUCCUUUAUCAUUUUUUUUGGCUUAUAACCACUGCAAACUUCCUUGUUUUUGUGCGAGUACUCAGUAUAUUUGGUCGUUUCUUGAGAGCUGGAGAGAAGACUUAUCUCUAAACUUAUUGCAAUUCAUUUCUGUGUUCUAAAGAUGUCUGUCCACCCGGAUGGAGCUUCUACAAUGGUUCCUGUUACUUUACAAGUGAAAGUGAAACACGGACCAACGCAAGUUUAAUCUGCCGCCCCAUGGGAGCUAAUCUACCUGCCAUUGAAAGCCAAGAAGAAAAUGUCUAUAUUCAGCACAGACACAAUGGUGAUAAGGCGUGGAUUGGUUUGAAUGAUAUUGCCACUGAAGGAGUAUUCCCCUGGGUGGAUCGAUGGCUGUCCUUUUAA